CUCAGGAGCUCGAGUUGACGAUUAGCCAGACCAGUUCGCCGUCAGUCGCUGGAAGAUAAGCAAGUCAAAAAGUUAUUUUUUUUGAAUUUUUAGUGUAAAUUAAAUUUUUGACCAAAAACAAAAUAUGAGGGAAAUCGUGCAUUUGCAAGCCGGCCAGUGCGGUAAUCAGAUCGGGGCUAAGUUUUGGGAAGUUAUUUCCGAGGAACACGGUAUCGACCCCAGCGGCAUUUACGUCGGCGACAGCGAUUUACAAUUAGAAAGGAUCAGCGUUUACUAUAAUGAGGCGACAGUGGCUUCAAGCACAGAUGGAGGCAAAUAUGUGCCCAGAGCUCUCCUUUUGGAUCUGGAGCCGGGCACCAUGGACGCCGUCCGUUCCGGUAGAUAUGGAAAACUCUUUCGACCGGACAAUUUUGUCUUUGGACAGUCCGGGGCAGGCAACAAUUGGGCCAAAGGACACUACACUGAAGGAGCAGAAUUGGUGGAUGCUGUCCUGGAUGUAGUCAGAAAAGAGGCGGAAAAUUGUGAUUGUUUACAAGGUUUCCAACUGACUCAUUCUCUUGGUGGUGGUACCGGAUCCGGUAUGGGUACUCUUUUGAUUUCAAAAAUUCGCGAAGAAUAUCCAGAUAGGAUAAUGAACACCUAUUCAGUAAUGCCCAGCCCUAAGGUGUCCAACACCGUGGUAGAGCCCUACAAUGCCACAUUGUCAGUUCACCAGUUGGUCGAAAACACUGAUGAGACCUAUUGUAUCGAUAACGAGGCGCUCUACGAUAUCUGCUUCAGGACAUUGAAGGUGCCCAACCCCAGUUACACCGACUUGAACCAUUUGGUGUCUUUGACCAUGUCUGGAGUUACCACAUGCCUAAGGUUCCCCGGUCAACUGAACGCUGACUUACGUAAACUGGCGGUUAACAUGGUGCCAUUCCCGCGUUUGCACUUUUUUAUGCCCGGAUUCGCCCCGUUGACGUCCCGGGGGAGUCAACAGUACAGGGCGUUGACCGUUCCCGAAUUGACCCAGCAGAUGUUCGACGCCAAAAACAUGAUGGCGGCAUGCGAUCCCAGGCAUGGAAGGUAUCUUACCGUUGCUGCCGUGUUUAGAGGCAGAAUGUCCAUGAAAGAAGUAGACGAACAAAUGCUCGCCGUCCAGAACAAGAACAGCAGUUACUUCGUCGAAUGGAUCCCGAAUAACGUUAAAACCGCAGUUUGUGAUAUUCCCCCGGUGGGAUUGAAAAUGUCCUCCACAUUUAUCGGUAACACGACCGCGAUCCAAGAACUGUUCAAACGUAUCUCAGAACAAUUCGCGGCCAUGUUUAGGCGUAAGGCUUUCCUUCACUGGUACACCGGCGAAGGUAUGGACGAAAUGGAAUUCACCGAAGCGGAAUCGAACAUGAACGACUUGGUAUCCGAGUACCAGCAGUACCAAGAGGCCACCGUGGAUGACGACUAUGAAGCCGAAGAAGAACAAGCAGCGGACGACUUUAAUUGCCAAUAAAACCCGUUUAUUUAAUAUUUAUUUUAGUGCAAUUUUUUGCCUAUUAUUUUAAUUUUAUGGCAAUUUCCAGAUUCAGUGCCUUGAUCCGUGAAUAACUAUAUAGGAUUAAAUAAGUUGCGUUUUAUGUUAUUAGGGCACUUACGCUGAGUGUUACAGACUAGUCUAUGCCAAAAAUUAUUAUAAUUUUAAGGUUUCAUAAAGUUCAUUUUUAAUUAACUGAUUUAGUUAUAAGUCAAUUUUCGUUUUGUAAUUUUGUACUUUUAUGCUCUGUUUUAAGAUUAUUACGGUCUAUAUUUAUAUAUUGUAGUUUUUUUUUUCAAAAAUAAAGACUGAAUUUUGCAGUAAUA